CUCGCAGCCGUCCGAUCACAACACAUCACAUCGUUUAAAAACUCGGACGACCUCGGUCCUCUGAUCGUCAAACUAUGUUCCAUGAAGACGAGACGACCACCCAAUGCUCACUAAACUAAAACAGCCAACCGACGUCGUAUGGAGAUUCCCCUCCCGGUGGCUUCAUUGUCCACCCGUCGUGCGACCCCGUCGUUGAGUGGAAGAAGUGUUUUGUGUUCUGAAGUCUUGCUGAGAAGGAAUAACCUCCGAAGUCAAAUCCAAGUACGAUGUGUGAAGGCUUCUGCAGAGGGAAGUGGUAGUGGUGGAAUAAAGCAGGGAGAUAGUAGAAAUAGUAAUCAUGGAGGUGGGAGAGGAGGGGUCACGGGAAGUGUGAUGGAGGUGACGACAUUUGACCGAGGCGGCUUUGGUGAAGCUACAACGGCUGAGUUUGCUGUUUGGGAUAAGAUUGGCGCUGUUGUUAGACUUAGCUAUGGAAUCGGUAUAUAUGGGGCAAUGGCGCUAGCAGGAAGGCUUAUAUGCUCAAUCACUGGAAUUGAUAGCAUGGGAGGUUUUCAUCCAUCGUUAGAUGCCAUUCUUGAAGGACUUGGAUAUGCAGCUCCACCAAUAAUGGCCCUUUUAUUCAUAUUAGAUACCAAAAUGUAUGAGACAGGGCCUUCGCGGCAUUUUCUGAAGGAUGAAAUUGUGAAACUAUCACCUCAUGCUCGUGCCAUUAGAGAUGUGGAGGAUGAGGAGCUGCAUAGCUUCUUUUAUGGAAUGUCACCGUGGCAGUUUAUACUAAUGGUGGCUGCAAGCUCAGUGGGGGAAGAGCUUUUCUACCGGGCUGCUGUUCAGGGAGCAUUGGCUGAUGUAUUCCUAAGAGGCACCGAUUUGGCUGAUGCUAGAGGAAUGGCUUCUCUGAUUGGCAUGCUGCCCCCUUUUGUUCCAUUUGCUCAGGCAUUUGCAGCUGUAAUAACAGCUGCUCUUACUGGUUCUCUCUAUUAUGUAGCCACCACUCCCAAAGAUCCUACAUACAUAGCAGCUCCAGUUUUAAGAUCUUGCUCUGGUCAUGAAGAUUUGAAAAAGCUUUUUGCAGGGUUUGAGAGGAGACAAAUGAAAAAGAUAUACUCUCCCUUAUUGGAAGGAUCAUUGGCCCUGUACCUUGGUUUCGAAUGGAUUCAGACAAAUAAUAUUCUUGCUCCGAUUAUCACACACGUUAUAUACUCUGCUGUAAUACUGGGACGCGGCCUGUGGAAGAUACAUGAUCACCGGAGAAGACUGCAUCAGAGAAUACAGCAACUCAAAUCAGAAGUAAAAGACUCGAAUAAAUUAUGAAAAAGCUGUUAACAAAGUGCAAGGAAAUUACUAGAGCUAGUCAUUUAUAAUGGCAAAAACAUCAUAAAUGCAAUUUUGUCGGUCUUUGAAAUGUUUUAAUGGUUAUGGUCUAUAAUUUGUUGCGACUGUCAGAUAAACUUCAUUAAAGAAUCAACUAAGAGAACCCAAGAUAAUGAUUCUCCUGUA